AUGGCGGCAGAUUCGUUAUCCCCGACUAAAAUCCGUCCAGAUGCCAUGACCAAUACUGGAGAAUCCGGACCCCUAUUACAAUGGUCCCUAGACCUUGUGUCACCGGAAGAUGAAUUGGCUAGGGAACAGGCUCAGCCUCGAUUUACAUGGGAUAUGCGCGACCCACCGUGGGCACGUUCGAUGAAUGGUCCAAUUUUUUGCAGCUUGACCGGGCCAACAAUGACAAGAUCGAUCCAUCCUUCAACAUUUCCUACGAUAUUCGACAUUGAUAAUCGCAGUGUCCUUGUCGAAGGUAUCCGUACACCCUUGCAGGAAAAGGACUGCAGAUGGGUUAUCCUCGCCCACGACUUUUCUCCCUCGAGUCAAGAAGUAUGGAGGCGGCUUCCCGCUCACAGCGUCUUCGUCUUAAAUGAAACAUUGCUCGAUUCUGCACCAGACCCCGAAAAGACACUCCAUACCGCGACGGUGUCUGACGCCCUCCAACUGGCGCUAGAUCUCGUCCAGAAAUACCCUGGGCUGACAAAGAGCGUCGCAUCUGUGCACGAUAUCAGCGCAUUCGUCGGUGUUGUCACCUACCGCUACCAUGACAGCCGUUUACGUGUUAGCAGUAUCUUGCUGAUUUCGGCUGAGGACUUUGAGCUCGAUGGACCCUCCGUUGCUAGCUAUGGCCUUGACAGUAUAAUUGGUGCGGAGAUGAAGAACUGGUCAUUUAAGGAAGUUGGACUUGAGUUCUCAUUCCAGAACUUGCUGUCGCCCUCGUUGACGUUUGGAGGAUUGGCCGAGGUGGUGUCUAUGCAUUUGGGUGUCAUUCCGGCAACUGAUUAG